AUGCUACCAUCAGUUUUAUGUAAUCUUUCCAAUAUCCAUGAUUAUGCAACCACCGUUUUGAACCACUAUGGAGGUACUUUGAUGUUCAAAGGUCCCUGGCUCACAAAUGUCAACUUUCUCAUCACCAGUGAUCCUAUGAACGUGCACCACAUUACGAGCAAGAACUUUGACAACUACAUUAAAGGGUCUGAGUUCUAUGAGAUUUUUGAAAUCAUGGGAGAUGGCAUCUUUAACACUGAUUCCCACAAGUGGAAGCGCAGCAGGGACAUACUACAUUCAUUGUUCAGACAAAACUCGUUUGAGAGUUUAGUUGUAAAAAUAAUUCAUAGGAAGCUGGAGAGUUGCCUAGUUCCACUUCUCAAUAAUGCAUCGGAAUUAGGAACUAUUGUGGACUUGCAAGACAUCUUUCAGAGAUUCACUUUUGACAACAUCUGUUCCAUAGUGUUGGGCUUUGAUCCUAACUCUCUUCCUAACAAUCUCAUCCAGUUCCCAGAGAUCGCUUUCGAGAAAGCUUUCAACAAAAUGGAGGAUUCAAUGUUCUACAGACACAUUGUCCCAAGAUUUUUAUGGAAGCUUCAGAAAUGGCUCCAAAUUGGACAAGAGAAGACCUAUAGUGAAUGUGAGAAAAUAAUUGACCAAUUCUUGCAUCAGUGUAUAUCAUCCACUUUCCAAGAGCAAAGCAAAUUCAACUGCACUAAACAUGAAAAUGAACCAAACUUUAACAUGCUUAAAGCUAUUGUGGAGGAAAGUGGAACGGAACAAAUAGAUCGCAAGUUUUUAAGAGACAAUGCUAUUAGUCUCUUAGCAGCAGGAAGGGAUACAAUUAGUUCGGGUCUCAGUUGGUUUUUCUGGCUGGUUUCAACCCAUCCUCUUGUUGAAGCCAAGAUCCUUGAAGAAAUUAGAGCAAACUUUAUACACAGGGAAGAAAAUUGGCUCAUCACUUCAAGUUAAAUCUGAUAUACUUCCUAGCGGGGAUCGUGUUAAUGCAAAUACUAUGAUACUUUACUCUUUGUACUCAAUGGGAAGAAUGAAACAAAUAUGGGGAGAAGAUUGCUUGGAG